CACUAAAGAGGGUCACACUGUGACGCUGGCAUCACGACCCCGACUUUGCGAUCAAACCACGACGAACCCGGCUCAGUCGCGUCCGGGACUGGCCCGCACCGUUUCUUGGAUAUAGUCCAACACUACACAUCUCUAUUAUCCGGCGUCCGAAUCUCUCUUCCAUUCUCUCCUUCCCCCAUAACGCGUCAUGCGCUUUACUAAACCGGCUUGGGUCAAACACACCGACUCCGGAGCUGGGCACGCUGAUUCCUCAAAACGUCUGGCCAUCUUCUCCGUCCACGUCCACCCCGACGGCUCACGUAUCGCCACUGGCGGUAUCGACACCAAAGUGCGCAUAUGGAGCACAAAGCCGAUUCUGAACGCCGCCUCGGAAGCGGCGAAUCGUCCACCUAAAUCGCUGUCCACACUCAUGAUGCACACGGGCCCCGUGCUCACCGUGCGCUGGGCACACUCUGGAAAAUGGCUUGCGAGUGGGAGCGAUGACAAGACGAUCAUGAUAUGGGAUUUCGAUCCUUCAGCGAAAGGGAAGCUUUGGGGCUCAGAUGAGGUGAACGUCGAGGGUUGGAGAGCACUCAAGUCAUUGACCGGACAUGGGAGUGACGUGACCGACGUGGCUUGGUCUCCCGGGGAUCGAUAUCUCGCCUCGGCCGGACUCGAUUCGAAGGUGAUCAUCUGGUGCGGAUAUACACAUGAGCAGCUCAGAAAGCUGGAUCAACACCAGGGUUUCGUGAAAGGAGUUUGCUGGGAUCCAGUAGGGGAAUUUCUUGCCACACAGUCCGACGAUCGGUCUGUGAAGAUAUGGAAUACGACGGAUUGGUCACUGGAGGCCACAGUAACCAAGCCUUUUGAGGAUUCACCUGGAAGCACAUUCUUCAGAAGAUUGAGCUGGUCGCCUGACGGAGCACAUAUAACAGCUUCCAACGCCACGAACAACAAGGGCUUCGUGUUCAUCGCAGCAGUCAUCACCCGCAACUCGUGGACCUCAGAAAUCAGCCUAGUAGGACACGAGAACACAGUCGAAGUUGCGGCCUACAACCCACACAUUUUCCUGCGCAAUCCUCAAGGACAGGUUCAAACGUCGAACAUCUGUUCUGUCGUUGCGUUGGGCGCCGAUGACCAUUCCGUGUCAAUAUGGCAAACGAAGUCAGCGCGGCCGCUGAUCGUUGCGAAGGAUGUCUUCGACCGGCACAUUAUGGACCUCAACUGGUCUUGGGACGGCCUCAACCUGUACGCUGUCUCCUCGGAUGGGACGCUGGCGGCUUUCAGCUUCGACGAGGAAGAACUGGAAGGUCUUUGUCCCAACCACGUGCAGUCCACGUACUUGAAGAAGUUCCCCUUCACUCCUCCGAUGCUUCCUGUCGGAUUCUCGCACGAAUCGCUUCGGCUUACUCCACCGCCAUCACCCAAGGCUCACGACACGGGCUUUGGAGCUGCCAACAGCAACAUGAAUGGGGAGAGGGUCAAUGUGUUGGUCGCCAAGCGUGGUGGAAAGAAACGCGCAGGUUUCUUGACUGUCCCUCCUGGACAUCCUCCGGCUCCGGCUCCGGCUGCGGCUGCGGCUGCGGCCUCGAGCAUCUCAGCACCUCCAUUCGCGACGCCUUCACUCACCGGCGUGUCCAUAUCCAAACACUCGCAAUCUCAUCACCAGCGGGCGCCCAGUCCCUUCGAUAUGGAUGAAGACAAUUGGGGAUCCGCCAGCGUCCGAAUCGAUGCAGUUGAAGAAACCGGUAGUCGGAAGCGCCGGGCAUCGACGGCCGCAAUGAACGUUGAUGGUGAAGAGCCGAAACGGGCACGGACGCUGGGUGCUGAACGAAAACGAGUCAAUGUGCCGGUCAAAGAACUCGCUCCACAAGCUUCUCAUGGAGCCUCGAGUAUCAGCAACCUCAAUCUACUGGUGCCGUCCUUGAUGUCGUUUCUCAGUGCCACCGUCGAGGGCAGUGAUGAUGUCGUCGAGGUUGUGAAUCCCGAAAGCGAGGAUGGGUGUCCAGAAGUGGUGAUGAUGAGUGGAAGACAUCCUCAAUGGCUCGACUAUCUCCCGAGCCCCGCCUUGGCAGUCAGCGCGUCAUCUCGGUUUUGUGCGGUGGCGCUACGGGAUGGAUCUGUGAUUGUAUAUUCACACGCUGGCCGACGCCUUAUGCCAACGCUCGCACUGGGAUCUCCCUGUUCGUUCCUCGACGGCCGAGGCAACAUCCUAAUGGCGAUCAGUACGAGUGGGAUGCUGCAUUCGUGGGACAUCCGAAAGCAAUCAGCACUGUUCCCUGCCGUGUCGCUCUCGACCAUUUUGACCACGCCGAACAUCAUCUUAGCCGCAGCCAGGGUGCAACCCACCGGUGCCUCGAUCCUCACGUGCUCAAACGGCAUCGUGUACUCUUACGACCCCUCGUUGAUGGCCUUCACGAAGCUCACUGAGCGCUGGUGGUCAGAAGGAUCCGAUGUCUGGCAAGCGCGUCAGCGGUCUGCGACGAACCCAACGGCCAAUCGCGGGAUAGUCAGCGUCACGGAGGGGAGCAUCGCCGGCGAGACAACCGGAGCAGACAAGAAACGACCCAAGUUCUGGAGCGAAGCGAUGACGCUGGCCCAUCUAGAGACGAGGAUGCAUUCUGCGCGCGCGCUGGAUAGUCCCGCGGAGUUCAAGCAGGCGCUGUCGCAAUAUACCAAGAAGCUUGCGGAGGAAGGUUACAAGAACAAGGCUGAGGAGCUGAUCAGAGACCUGAUUGGGCCGAUGUAUGCUGGCGGCGACCCGACCUGGGCGCCAUCUGUUGCCGGACUCUCCAAGCGCGACCUGCUCAAGGAUGUGCUGAGUGCGUUCUCGCGGAGCAAAAAUCUAGGAAGACUGGCAGUUGAAUGGCAGGACGCAGUCAGAAGAGCGGAUUGAGAUUUCUCCUUGCUCUCCUUUUGCUGUGUACCGUGUUUUCGACUGGACCCUCUUGUUGUGCAUGUAUAUUUGUAUUUGAAAAGGAUCCUGCGAUGUAACGGGCAGUGAAACUGAUGCUGAACCCUGUCUACUGACGUGCAGACGAAGGGCGGCCGGUUCUAUCAGUUUGUCGCGGGUUAUGUGGAAAGGCAGAGGCAUCACCAAAGCCAGGUCUUUUCUGGAACAAUCCAAGGAAAUUUGCAAGUCUAAAGACAGGGACCAGUCGAGACCUACCGGGAUAAUUCGUCCUGGCGCUGCAAACGGGGAAGGACCCGAGCGAGUCUAGGCAGUUGACAUCUCACGACGGGGGGAAAAAAUCAUUCUACAAGCAAUAUAUGAAGCACAACUCUGAUCUACAGAGCGAAUCUAUGAGGGAGAGAGAGAGAGUCGUCCAAAUCAAGAUGAAGCAAAUCCAAGAUGAAGCAGAUCCGAAUCCAAGAGAUAUCGCAGAGACCGGGACCGAGACCGAGACUGAGACCGAGACUGAGACCGAGACGAGACAGUAGUAGUGGUUGAUUUCAGCGCGGACGACAGACAGACGAGGGCUCCCCUCCCAAGCUCGCACCAUGGAACACACAGCCGCGCUCAUCACCUAACCCUCUGCACCGCAGCAAAGGCCCGUCAGCCUCGCUGCGGCCACAUUGCCGCCGUGCCGCGAAGGGGCGUCCCCGCUUCUUGGCACGGCCAGCGACGUCUGAGCACGUUACUCGAGAUCAGUCGCGUUCAGUGGCUGGGUUAUCAGAGCAGCAAGAUGCGAUUCUUCCGGUUCAAAGCAUUGGUCAGUUCGUCCUCGUCGCCGUCGCCGCCGCCAGAAUGGAUGUGUUCUACCGUCAAGCCCGCCAGGCCCCGGCCCGGGGGUGGUGGUUUAUAUGGUGGGUGGGCCGUAGGGAAGCCAGGGAUUGGUUGGGUGACUGCGUCGGUCCCAGGAUGUAUGCAUAUGAGCGGGGUGUUUGGAUGCCGGUCGGACGAGCUGUCGAAUAGAUCACGCUCGGCUGAGCCUGAGUUUGCACGAAGCGUGACGCGAAUGUGUCUGCUGGCGCAGGAACUCGACUGGCGUACGGACGAGGAGUUUGAAUACUGGGAAGGCGAGACGUUGCAUAGAUCACACUCGGCUGACACUGAGAUGGCGCCAAGGGGAUGCGGGAUGGGUUUGCUAGCGCAAGACCUCGAGUGUAAGCAGUCUGUCGCAGGAUCUGUGGCUUGCGGACGCGACUAGUCAUGGGAUCGUUCCCUUGCUUCUGGGCGAUCGGAACAUGCAGACGCGAUUUGACUGGGCUUCGAGGGGCCCUCAUCGUCGGUGAAGACGCGAUUGGCGGUUGCGUGAGAGGAUUGAGGGGUAAAGUGGUAGGCUGGAGGACCGCAAACGGCGCAGUCAAAGCAGGCGCGAUGGCAGCUUGCUGUGACUGGUUGGGCAUGAGCAUCGACGAAAGGGAGCAAGGAGCCCGAUGCCCUACCUCUUCAGCAGCAAUCCUCGUCUCGUUUUUGGUAGCCGGAGGAUGAUGGAACUCGGAAGGCAUGGACUGGUGGGACCAUCAGCAAGAACCAGCUACGACAAUGGGAGAACGCACCUCGACAUCGUCAACCUCCUCUGAGCUCUCACCCAGGUCUGAGUCGCUGCUCGUGAGCUCGACGAUGCGCGGCAUGGAUGAAGACGCCAGAAACUGCAUGCACGGUGAGAUCUCGAGUACGAACAGACCGAAUUGGAUAUAUACCUCUCGAUCAUCGAGCUCCACCAAGCAUGGGCCCGCGUUCUCCGGGAUCGACAAACUUGGUCGGCACUGAGCGAUGAAAGCGGUUAGCACUAUGAGUAUGUGGAGGAACGAGAGAUGCGCGCACGUCGUCAACAUCCGCAGCGCUGGGUACAUUCGCAACCACUAUCAACGAGGACGACUACAGAUUUUCAGUGGAUAACGCAGCAAACAAGAGGAUAAACACACCUGAGAUCCAUUGCUGAUCUCGUGCGUGGGUGCGUUCUCGAAGCCAGCCUUGCUAACAGUCAUCGCGCGUUCUUCAGUCAGCGCAUGGGUAGUUAAUUUUGACGCGACUUGAGCAAGGUAGGCGAGCCCGACCAGAACCAGCAUGCAUUGAGUCUUGUUGUCGUCCGCCGUCGUCGCAGCCACCUGCACUUGCAAGCUAGGAGAGAGCGAAAGGACAGGGGUAGUGGGUGUGGUGUUCGUCUCAGCCGAGCAAGCCAAGUCAAGCAUUUGCAGUCGAUUGAUGAUACAGAAGACGAUGAAGCAAGCAAGAAGAAGCAAAGAAGCCAGAAUAUUGGGCUCAGAUGUGUCUUGAGAUGAGGGGGCAGAUUGAGUCACAGAGGGAUUCACAGCGAUCUGGGUCGCAGCGUGGGGAGAAGACGCGUUGACGGCAGUCGCAGUGGAGACAAGCCCAUCCAGAGGAAGAUUAACACUGGGCGAGUUCGCCCAAUCGGCGUUCAGGGUACGGGUGGGUGUGUUGGGCGCCGAGCGAGGCACGACCACGACCUUGGAUGAGCUUGCGGCGACAGGAGAAGCAGUCUGGGGUUGAUCCACACUGGGCGAGAUCACAGAAUCGCCCAGACAGGUGCACCCGGGCGCAGCGUGUUGGACAGCGGUCGCCUCCUUUUCGUCUUCGACUUCGUUCAGGUCGUUCUCAUACACUCGGCGAGGUCGCUCAAAUGAGAAUGUGUAUGCCCCAGCGACCACGUCCGAGUCCCAAGUGUAGUUCGUGUACCCGAUCUCCUUGAACAGCACAGCGAUCUUGUCCAUCAGGGGGAGCACCCUACGCAGUUGCGCGUCGUCCUCUUGCCAGUAGUAGUCCACGACAUCGAGCCUGCGCAUCGGAUGCACAUAGUCCUCGAACAGUUUGGGGUCCGAGUACAGCGGCGCGGGGGCAAGCAGCCAGUUGAUGAGAUCCCCAGGGGCAACGACGUUGAACUUGAAGGACGCGGUGAUCGCGAGAAGAAGGCCAAGGCCGUGGAUGAAGGUGUGAAGCAGAAGCAUCGCGGGGUGACCGAUGAUGAGGUGUUUCUGGGGGGCAGAGAGCAGGGAUGGUCGUGGUAAAUGGCCAAGAUGCAAUGGGGGCUGUACGUUCGUUCAGGCGGGAAUUUAAACCGCGUCGUGCCCAAGCUUGUGCAAGCAACGCGCACACGUGUAUCACGUGCACCGCGUUCGUCUUCCGCUACUUAGCCCCUCGGUGGACCGUCCCUGACCUCGGCACCCAAGCCUUCAUGCAGCUGCCAGCUCGAUGCCCAGAUACUGGAUUUAACGUUGGAAACGUUCCCUCCCUUGACUCUCCACAUUGCCAAGUUACCACCUCGAGAUACCCGACCAUUUGAAGAAACUCGCGAGACGAAGGUCCGGGUCAUCCGAGCGGCAGAAAGAACGUCUCGUUUCCGAGGCCAGUCAAAGCACGCCGUCUACAACACACAGGAUGCACCGGUCUGCUCUGUCCAAAUUCAAUUCGAACAAUCCCGCUCUCUUGAUCACCUACCCGCCCUGUAGAUAGUACCGCGUCCCGAGUCCCGGAUCGUCGUCUUGCAAGAUUAGAG